AUGCCUUCGUAUCGCAAUUCAUACGAACCUCUUAUAAAAACCAUAGAAGAGGACAUCUACGCUAACAAUGAGAGGAAGGACCUUCCGACUGACUUCAAGUUUGACACCAUUGCAAGAACUGGAGUACUCAAGCCUCGCGUUUUCAAAGAUGAUCUAAUCUUUAGAUCGAAGCGGUCCAGAGACCUUUUUAUGAAUGCAAAAGCGCCUUUCAAAACUUUCCUGAGCAAUGGAGAGGGUUUACCGUUGUUUGCCUUGCGUAAUAAGAAGACUUUUAUUGCUGUGGAAAACCGUGUGGGCUUUCUUUUUUACCGAUACGAAAUAUUGAGGGAUGGGGACGUUCCUGAAGGUUCAGAUUACAAAGUAAAAGGAAAGUGUGGCGGAUACACUCUGUUCAAAAUUCUUUUUUGCACCGUUACUGUAAAAAAAUCAAGGUACUACACAACCAGCAGCAACAUUUCUCAAGUGCUUGAGCUCGACCUUGGGAAAAAGGAGGAAUUCAGAAAAAUCACACUUGUUAGAUGCUCUAGAAUUAGAUCAGUAUAUGUUGUAGAGAGCAAAAUGGCUAUUAUGAAAUGGAUUUUCACUUCAAAUGAUAAAUUUGAUUUAAAUUCUUCAUUGUUCACCAUAAAGGCUGCAAUUGGCUGUAUACCAGAAGUAGAUGAUGACAUAUAG